AUGAAGGCUUUGUCAGACGGUCAGUUUGAAAAGGGCGACAUCACUGACUCACUUCAAAACGCGAUCAACCAGAUGAAGACAAGUACCGAGUUCAUCAAGCAACCCAAUCUCAAACUGAUAUUGGGGAUUGACGAAGCCAAGGGAUUACUCGACAGGGGUGCAACAGCCGACUCGUCGUUUUUUCGUUUUUUCCGUCACGUCAUAAAGAACUUACCAGAAUCAAGCCAGAUCUUUUCGAUCCUUACCGAUACCACCUCUCGUCUUGCAAACUUCAAUCCUCCAGCACACCUGGAACUCAGCCACAGGCCUGGCAUGGGCAAACGAAUGAAGCUCUUUCCACCGAUAUACCAAAUUCCCAGCUUCGAUGUAAAUCUAGCUGCUCCGCCCGCAACUUGGCUGGAAUUGGAAUCACCAGAUCGCCUUCUUUGCUACGGCUCUCCCUUCUGGGCCGGCUAUGUCAAGAAUGCCAAGAAAAGGAACCAAACGGUCGAUGGAAUCGUGUCCACCUUAUCACACUUCGCCCUCCAAAAGCUGCUCUUCGUAGAUGACUUAUCGCAUCCCGCCAGCUCCCUGACAGAUCGACAAGCAAUGGCCUUACUUGGCUCCACUAUACAGCCAAACCUUUAUGCUGCGGUAGCGUUGAAUUCCGACCUAGUUUCAAGUCAUGCAGCCCAAUGCAUGUAUAUCAACCUGUCGCACGACAUGCUUAUAAGCGAAUAUCCAUCUCAGUUUACGUAUUCCUCGGUGGCCAAUCAAUAUUUAGCCUCUGAUGAAGACAAGCUGAUCCGAUGCAUUCAAAUCCUCGCCUUUUCUCAUCUCCAAGGUCAUAUUGCCACGGGAGAUAUUGGCGAAAUCGUUAGCCGAAUUAUCUUAAUGCGGGCUAUGCAAGAAACGAUGAAGACUACCCAGCAAAACCAAGACUCAGAAACUGCGGCAAAGAACAUCACCAUGCCAUUUGGGCAUUCGGUUCGGUUGGCAGAUUUUUUAGUGACCUUAACCGGUUUGAGUGAAGAAAACUUAAACCUUGGUUCAAUAACUCCUUCAAAGAAAAAGCAACUCUUGAGCGAAGGACGAGUUUUUUGGAAUCAUUUUAUUUCCAUCCAGUAUACACCAAACUCGGCUGACUUGCUAAGACAAUUGUACCGCGGGAUGGCAGUCCAGUGUAAACCAAAUCAGCAUGGAUUUGAUCAACUUUUUCCAGUAUAUCUGCAAUCCAAGCAAGAUGACGCCCCAAAUGAAAGCCAGAUCACACUUUGUGGCAUCCAGGUCAAGAAUCAAAAGCAAACCAAAAAUCUAGCCACCGAGUCUGACCAUUGGACCCCCACUUGUGCACAAAUCAAAGUCAAAAAAGCAAACCCAUAUCUCGUCCUUUACUUCAGUCUCCGAGACUCGUUGAAACCCAAAGUUCCGGAGGGAAAAAAACGUUUGCUGCCAAAACCUCAGCCAAUAGCCAAAGUUCCAGAGGGAAAAGAAAGUUUGCCACCAAAACCUCAGCCAAUACCUGUAAACGAUAAGCUUUCAAAACAAGAUUCAAAAAACCGGGCGUCUUUAGCGUUUUAUGGUCUUACAUCUUUCCCCUUCCUCACCCCAAAGCUUAUUAUUGCCUUGCAAGAACUUUUAGACACUCAUCCAAAUAUCUUAUCCCUUCAUCAAAAGUCUUCCAAGCAUACAACAGAUUAUGUAAAGAGAGCUUCACCUGAGGUUUAUUCUCCUGAUCUUUACUAA